UUGCUCAUGUGAGAGACAGGGGGAGACAGAGAAAGGAGAAUAAGAACCAAAACAAAAACCCCACCCUCCAGUGGAUGGGUGGAGUUUGGAGGAGGAGCGUUCAUAUCAGUCCCAGCACAGACAGUACCUACUCUAGUGUCAGAGACGGAGGGAGAGAGGAAGGAAAUCUUCUCAGUGUAGACAAAAGCGCAGUUCUGGCUGGAGUUUGUUUACCACCUCUGCUGCAGUUUCCUCUCGGACGAGGCGGAUUAUUCACGCGUUCCUCGCGCGGGGAGUUCAGCAAAAACUUUGGGAUUUAUUUCACUUUUGGCUUUUGCUUUCACACGUUAAUGAGUUGCCCACUUUGGACCUGUGGAUCCUAUUUGGACUAGCACUGAUAUUAUUUAGACAUAUUUAUAUUAACAGCCAACUUGUCAUCGUGUUAUUUUCGGAGCCAGCGGUGAUGUCCCGCCACUGACAUGCACCAUCCGUCCAGACCACCAAACCAGUCCGAUGGCACGACCACAGUAACACCAACACAGGGGAGCGGAGGAGAUCCACAACCCGUCGGUGCCGCUGGAGCCUGUGCGCAAACCUCCCGUUCAAACGACGGCGGCGAGCGCAGCUUUGGCCACCCUGAUUCCACCGCCGGAGGAGGGGAGCCGGACUCGCCGUCCUGGUGCAGACCCAAAGCCAUCGACAGCCUAUCCGUGUUUCAGGCGAGGUCUAUAUUCUUCCACUCUCGCCGCGCCUCCAGUGGAUAUUUCUCGUUCGACGGAGACUCGCUGCCGAGCUCCCCGCUCUCCCCGAGGCCGGGGACUGCUGACAAAGCUACGCAGACUCCGAGUCCCGCCGGCCAGGUGAUGAAACACGCCCUACAGCGCAUGGAGGCGCACGGCGGAGGACCGGGGACGCACCAGCAGCACGGACAAUCUGUCGGCCCCUCUAGCACGCGGCAACGGAACGGGGACAUGCAGGCGGAGGAAAUCGGACGAGAGCUCCGACGCAUUGGGGAUGACUUCAAUAGACUGCUUCUCAGGGGGGUGGCAGACAGACAUAGACGGGUUGUGAUCAAUCCAAACCCGCUGCCGCACAUCCACCAGGAGCCCACCGUGCUGCUGUGCGUGGGCCUCUUGCUCCUAAUGAUCGGACGGAUGAUCUACUUGCAAGGCAGUACGAACAGCCAGGACCACUCUCAGGUUUAGCCUUUGGAAAACCCAGCAGACGUAGCAUCGUUAUUAUUUUUUUCCUGAAAUAAUGUAUCUAUGUUGGAUCCUUUUUGUUUUUUGGGACCUAAUUUUUGUCCUCCUUUCUCUCCUUUCCCAGUUGAGAAAGGA